GCAAGAUGAACAACAAAUUUUUAGGAAAGUAAUUUUUCGGUGAUUUUAUUACAUUUGCCUCUGCCUUGGCGAGAACCCAUGGCAGAGAGACCUCUGUCUGAGGUACUCGACAUUCAUCAAGCUACAGAUAUAACUAACUACCAUGGCAUUUCAAGAUUUUGACCUUUUAACAGAACAGAAAAGAAUUGAGAAAGAACGGAAGCUUAAAAAGAAGAUCGCGAUUGGCAUUGUUGUUGGCGUUGUUGUUGUAGCUGCUGUGGUCGCCUUUGUUUGUAUGGAUCUUAAUAAUCCAGGCAAUGCAGAAACAGAGAAGCCGACCAAGAAAACUGAGGAUAAAAAUAAUGAGGUAACAAAAUCAUCAAAGAUGGCGAAAACAAUAUGUGCUUCUACGGAUUACAAGGCAGCCUGUGAGAAGAGUCUGGGGAAAGUUAUUCAUUCAAACCCUUCACAGAAACAUCAACCAAAAGAUCUGCUUAAGGCUUCAAUCUCCAUCAUCUCAAAUGAGCUUGACAAGGCUAUGAAUCAACAAUCAAAAUUGAAACUAGAUACCCCAACAGAGAAAGAAGCAUUUGAGGUUUGUGAAAAAGUCAUUGGUGAUGCCAAACAAGAAAUCAAUAGCUCUGCAACCACGGUUGGUGGAAAAGAUAUCGGAUCACUUGAUUCCAGGAAACAUGAUUUGAGCAAUUGGCUGAGCGCUGUCAUGUCUUAUCAACAGACUUGCGUGGAUUCUUUUCCAAAGGGAGACACUCAGACCGCGAUGAAAAAGGCCUUACAAGAUUCAGAAGAGCUUACCAGCAAUGCUCUUGCUAUUGUCUCCCAAUUGUCAUCCAUUCUUUCCUCAAUUCAGAAACCAAAACGACGUCUUCUCUCAGAUUCCAAACAGCCGCAUGAAGACAACUCUGCUACAUGGAUGAAUGCUGAAGAGAGAAGAAUGCUCAGAGUAGACCCUCCCAAACAGAAGCCCGAUGUCACAGUUGCAAAAGAUGGCAGCGGAGAUUUUAAAACAAUCAAUGAUGCACUAAAUAAAGUGCCUCAAAACCACCAAGGAAGGUAUGUCAUUUUUAUCAAGGAGGGGGUAUACGAAGAGAAUGUCAUAGUAACUAAAAAGAUGACCAACAUCACUAUAUUUGGCGACGGGUCCCUCAAGACUAUAAUCUCCGGAAGCAAAAACAAUGUUGAUGGAGUUCCAACCUACAAAACUGCAACUUUUGCGGCUGAAGGAGACGGGUUCAUGGCUCAGUCUCUUAGCUUCAGAAACACUGCAGGACCAGAAAAGCAUCAAGCAGUGGCCCUUAGAGUCCAAUCAGACCGCUCAAUUUUCCUCAACUGUCGCAUGGAAGGAUACCAGGACACAUUAUAUGUCCAAGCUCAUCGACAAUUCUACCGUGGAUGCUACAUUGCAGGCACAGUUGAUUUCAUCUUUGGUGAUGCAGCUGCCAUUCUCCAGAACUGUUUGAUCUACAUUAGGAAACCGAUGGACGGACAAAAGAACACUGUGACUGCACAGGGAAGGUCAGACAAGCGCGAAACUACUGGCCUUGUGUUACAAAACUGUCACAUAAUGGCAGAUGAUGAGUUGUCACCCGAAAAGCAAAACUUCAGGAGUUACCUUGGAAGGCCCUGGAAAGCGUAUUCAAGAACAAUAGUCAUGGAGACGGAGAUUGAUGACGUUAUUGAUCCUCAAGGAUGGUUGCCUUGGGAGGGGAAGUUUGCGCUUAGUACAUUGUUUUAUGCAGAGUAUAACAACAAAGGAGCAGGGUCUGAUGUGAAGAGGAGAGUAAAUUGGCCUGGUUUUAAGGUGAUCAAGAAAGACCAGGCCUUGAAAUAUACAGUAGGGCAGUUCAUAAACGGCGAUAGCUGGUUGAAGGGUGACGUAGGAACUCCAGUUCGUUUCGACUUAUUCAGCUAGAUCAAUGGCUUGAAUGUAAAUAUAUUUAGGCUCAACAUAUGGAAUUGGGGUUUAUAUUGUUUUAGGUUAGCAGAUAGUUAGGAUUUGUGUUGAUAGUUGAGAUUUAGUAUAAUUGUAUAUUGAGUUGCAUUAGUUUCUAUAGACAUCAUCAUAAUCAUUCAUCACCCUGUCCCUGAGCAUAAGUUUGUAUAUUAAGUUGAUGAAGCUCUGAGCAUUUUAUGAGCACCAAAUGUUGUGUAAA